AUGGUUGCAAACCCCAUAUGGGAUCCUGAAGCACCGCUACAGUCAUCUGAUGAUGAGUAUGUAUCCUUUUCUGAUGAUGAUAAUGAUGUGGACAGGCGACAAGCCCGUCCUAUCUUUACACAGCAGCGGAAGAGGACAUUACAAGAUAGAGCGCGUGGUUUGAGAAAUGGUGUACAUGAAGAGAUGAAUGAAGUGGUAAAAAGUUACACACAAACAGAGCUCAUGGAGCUGGCAAAGGUGUAUAAGCAUGAAGUUGGUGAAAAUGUGGGAGAAUGGUUAUUGCGCAUGUGGGAUGGAGGAGCUGACAGUGUGCAGUUGAAUGCAAGGGAAGCAUUAUGUAUGGGGCAGCUGACGCUGCAUCCACAGCUCAUGCAGGUAUUACGGAGGGUGAGGGAGAUUGGAGGUAAUUUUUCAUUAUUUGAUAUGGUGCGGCAUGCCAUAAUUGUGGCCUUCCCAUCUAGCAAUGACAUUGAGCCCAUUUCACCCUGGUCAAAACCGAGGGAUGCUAUUACCCGCAUUAGAGUUAUGGGUUGUGUGGUGGGAUUAAACAAGGAUAACUGGGAAGGUCCAGACAUGGAGGAAUUCACAGCCAGCAUGCG